GCGAUCACGCUACACCGCUUGGCGCCCGUCACCUUCACCACCUCCUGCAAACGUACAUUGUUCCAAUUAAACAAACAGCGGCAUAAUGCUGCUCGAUAUCCGAGAUAGGGGGACCGUGCUAUGUCAAUGAUAAGGCUUGUUGUCUCAGUGAUAAGAUAGCGGCUCGGCGAGAUACGCCGCAGUACUCCGUUGCGUUUCGUUCGAAAAUGUGUCGUGGAUCCGAAAUAUGUAAAGUGUUAGCGUUGUUGGCGGCGGUGGCGGUGGCGGCGGCGGCGGCGGGCGGCAGUGAGUGCGCGAGCUCGGUGGACGCGCUCAACACGGCCACGCUCAACUGCUCGCGGAGACACAUCGAUGUGCUGCCAGAAAAUUGGCCGCAGGAGAUACUGGACGUGCCCGCAGACCAGCACGUGCUGAUCACGUUCUUCAACAACAGCCUGACCCGCGUGACGCAGCUGCCGGCAGCACCGGGCGCGCGCGUCGCCGUCAGCUUCAAGAACAACACCAUACGAGACGUGGACGAUGACGCGUUCAGAAAUAUGCCUAAUCUGGUGUAUUUGGAUUUGAGCAAUAAUGCUAUCACGGGAGAAGUCCUCCGAGGGGAGAUCUUCCAGGGCCCGUACCAAGAUGGCGUCUACGACAGUAUCGCGCUAGAAACACUGAACCUAGGAUACAACCAGAUCCACUCCCUGGACCGCAACCUGUUCGAGUACACGCCCAAUUUGACACGGUUGUAUCUCAACAACAACCCCAUUGAGAUCUUGGACCAUGUCACUAUACUGGCGUUGGCCACCGCUACCAAUUUAGAGGUGCUAGACCUGGCGUACACAGACAUCGACAGCAUCCCGCUCGACGCGUUCCGCGGUCUGGAGCGUCUGCAGCAGGUGGACCUGUCGGGCAACAAGUUCCUCGAAGUGCCCGAGAGCCUGAGCCUGGUCGGAUCCAGUCUGGAGUACCUCAACUUCAAUAAUAACCCUAUUGUGGAGUUGAACGAUGACAGUUUUAUAGGACUAACAAACCUCAAGGAGCUGGAGGUAGGAGAGAACGAGUACCUAGAGGAGGUGAAGCGCAGCACCUUCUCUCCACUGAAGAGUCUGAGGGUCCUGCACCUGUGCCACAACCGCAAGCUGAGCUACAUCAGCCACAACGCUUUCCGGGGCUUGAAGGACGCGUGGACUUUGAAAGAGGUAUACCUGGAUGAUAACAACCUGAGCGAGCUGCCUUCAGAUCUGAUGCCAUGGAGCAAGUUGGAUACCAUUGGUAUGACUGGCAACAACUGGCUCUGCAACUGUGACCUGGCCAACAUCGUCAUAGCCCAGGGCGCCGCCCGCAAGUUCAAGACUGGAGAUAUCCCAUACUGUGUGGCACCAAUGCGCUGGAGUGGAGCCUACAUCACUAAUGUAACGCUGGACUACUGCCCAACAUUCGACAACACAUUUACACCAAAGCAAAAGAAAUCCUUUGGCAUCAGAGACUUGAAGCCUAAACAUGUAUUAUGGAGCAUCUUUGGAGUGGCCAUGAUAGUCCUGGUUGGCAUGGUCAUUGGACUGCUGGUCAACACUGUCAAGGCUUUCUACAAGAAGACCUUCAGGAGUCAGCCCAUCCACUACAUCAACAUCAAUGAUGACUCCAGCUUUGCAUAAAAUUAUUGCAUUGUAAAUAUUUUUAAAUAAUUCUGUAUAUUAUAGAUAAUAUAAAAACAAAAAUACUAGCAUAGUAAGUGUUGUGAAAAUGUACAUAAAAUAUUUUAGUUAUUACAA